CUGAUUCCCGCAAAAGCUAACUAUAUAACCACAAAAGCUACCUGCUCAUUUUGCUCUCCUAUAUAUAUAUACUCCGAAAUCUCGUCUGCAGUUCGAGCUUCAGGUUGAAGUAUAUCAUCUUAAGUUAACACCGAUCACUCUCCAAUGGAUUAUUUGGCCCUAGUCGUGGCAGUCAUGGUCACCGCCUCGUCCAUUGCCAUCCACCUCCUCACCAGAGCCAAGAAAACACAGCCGGCCAACCUCCCCCCGGGCUCCCUCGGCCUGCCGGUGAUCGGACAGAGCCUCAGCCUCCUCCGGGCCAUGCGCGGCGACGGCGGCAGUAGGUGGGUACAGGACCGGAUUGACAGGUACGGGCCCGUGUCGAAGCUGUCGUUGUUCGGCACACCGACGGUGCUCCUGGCUGGACCGGCGGCCAACAAGUUCAUGUUCUUCAGCAGCGCGCUCUCCACGCGGCAGCCCCGGUCCGUGCAGCGGAUCCUGGGAGAGAACAGCAUCCUGGACCUCCACGGCGCCGACCACCGGCGCGUCCGCGGCGCUCUGCUUGAGUUCCUCAGGCCGGACAUGCUCAAGAUGUACGUGGGCAGGAUCGACGGCGAGGUGCGGCGCCACCUCGAGGAGAACUGGGCCGGCCGCGCCACCGUGACGGUGCUGCCGCUGAUGAAGCGGCUGACGUUCGACAUCAUCUCCGCGCUGCUCUUCGGCCUCGAGAGGGGCGGCGUGCGGGACGCCCUGGCCGGCGACUUCGUGCGCAUGAUCGAGGGCAUGUGGGCCAUCCCCGCGAACCUGCCUUUCACAGCCUUCAGCCGGAGCCUCAAGGCUAGCGGCAGAGCCCGCCGGGUGCUCGAGGGGAUCACGCGGGAGAAGAAGGCGAAGCAGCUGGACCACGGCAAGGCGGCAUCGCGGAACAACGACCUCAUCACCUGCCUGCUCAGCCUGAGGGACGGCCAUGGCGAGCGGCUGCUGACCGACGAGGAGAUCGUGGACAACGCCAUGGUCGCCCUCAUCGCCGGCCAUGACACGUCGUCCAUCCUUAUGACGUUCAUGGUCCGCCACCUCGCCAACGAUGACGCCACCCUCGCCGCCAUGGUCCAAGAGCAUGAAGAGAUUGCCAGGAACAAAGGCGACGGUGAGGCUCUCACCUGGGAAGACCUGACGAAGAUGAAGUUCACGUGGCGGGUCGCGCAGGAAACACUCCGCAUCGUCCCUCCGGUGUUCGGCAACUUCAGAAGGGCACUCGAGGACGUGGAAUUCGACGGCUACUCCAUCCCAAAAGGAUGGCAGGUGUUCUGGACGGCAAACGUGACGCACAUGAACGCAAGCAUCUUCCACGAGCCGACCAAGUUCGACCCGUCCCGGUUCAAGAACCAAACAGCGUCGGCGGCACCACCGUGCUCCUUCGUCGCCUUUGGCGGCGGCCCGAGGAUAUGCCCCGGUAUAGAGUUUUCCAGGAUCGAGACGCUGGUGACGAUGCACCACCUCGUGAGGCAGUUCAGGUGGAAGCUCUGCUGCAAGGAGAACACCUUCGUGAGGGAUCCCAUGCCGUCUCCGCUGCGUGGCCUGCCCAUCGAAAUCGAGCACAGAACCGCUCCCUGAUCAUGGCCAAACCUCACAGCAAUAUCCGUAUCAUGGUAGGUCGGUUGUAGGUCGCAUUACAGCAUUGCAUUAUUUUAGAGACUAGAGAGAUGAAUGAAAAUGCAGCUGCAGACAGGCCAAGAGGCCGAUUUAUAAUUAUAUAUACUCACCACACAAGUGCAGAGUUCUGUAUCAUGGCUUUUCAUGUCAGCCAUAUAUGUUUCAGGAUACUUAAAUCUUUUAAGUAAUAAAGCGCCCCUUAUCGGAAAAAAAA